AUGGACGGCUGGAGAGCAGGCGCGCCUUGCAUCUUCACGGCGCUCCGGCGCAGCUUUGCCACGCGCGUCUCGAGAUCGCCUUCGUUCACGAGUGCGGAAUGCGGAGACGAGAAAGGUUCAGCGACCCCUGUUAGCGGAUCAGACUCCGCGCCGGUGUCUCUCGACAGUCGAAGAGGCGACCGAGUCGUCGUGGAUGCUGCGCCGCCCGGCGCCGUCUCGUACGAGACACUCGCAGGGAUUCCCUGGAUGAGUCGAGGCCGCCUGUGCACCGUGCUUGAGGAAGUGGCUGAGCGCGGGCCGUACGAUGUAACGACUUGGAAUAAGCUGUUGUGUAGAGCAGAGGCAAUAAGCGCGUCGUUGUCUGUUCGCGAUAUCGGACGCCUAGUCGUCGGCAUGGCGAAGGUGAAGUACUACCACCCGAGCCUUCUUCGCAAAUUUUCGUUGCUGGCCCGUCGCCACAUACACGAGGCUGACGCGUUUGCUUGUGCCGGAAUUCUUCACAGCUACAGCACUUUGAACUACUUCGAUGCGAAACUUUUCGAGGCUGUCAGCAAGCAUCUCCAGAAACGUGAAGUGAUGGACGGCUGCAAACUUUUCCCGCUUUCGUUGGCGCUGUCCGCAUGCGUACGCGAGCAGUUUGUGGACAGGCGCCUGUUUCUCGCGGCCGGCGAGCGCCUGUCGGAGCUCCUGCCUGAAUGCAAAUCGAACGAUCAGCAGAGCGUCGCGCUGAUCCUCAACUGCCUUGCGCGUCUCUUCAAUCUGCAGCAGCAGCCGAAGGCCCCGAGUCCGGCGAGCCGCGACGCUCCCGCCGAACCCGUGGAGACUCAGCCCGUUCCUCCCGCAGAGUCCCGAACUGACGGACAGCAACUUGAUCUGAAAGAACUUCUUGGAAAGAUUGCCUCUUCGCUCCCGCGUCUCCUGCCGACCAUGAACCUCCAGUCACUCACCCUGGUGCUGAAUGCCUUCUCGCGGCUGAGAUCGCUCUACGCUGUGCCGGUGCGCUCUUUCAGCAGGCCUGCAGAUGGCCCCGUCUGUCGGCCGUGCCAAGGCCAGACCAUGACACAGACAGCGGUCUAUGUCCCCAUAUCUCAUCUGCCGCGCAGCCCCAGACGGCAAACGCAUGCAAAGCUUCCGUGGCCGAGGCCAGCGUAUCCGCGGGCAGGACGGCAACUGGAGGAGCCGCCAAAGUGCGCCUCUGGCGUGCUCGAUGUUCUCAUGUUUUCUUUGUCGCAUGUGUGUGCGCUGCACUGUCCGACCCUGCAGCCGGCGGUUGCGGUGUUGACGUGUGAGACCAUCGUGCCACGCGCAAAUAAACUCACGGCGCUCCAAGCAGUUACAGUUCUAAACGCUCUUGUGAAGUUGCGACUCGGCGGCGAAACCGACCUCUUGGAGGCAGUCCUUCAACAGGUGCGGGAGCGCGCACACCAUCUAACUCCGCAAGGCGUAUGCCUGACAGUAAAGGCUCUUUCAGUUUUGCGCUUGAAAGAUCAAAAGCUUGAGGAAGAGCUGGAGAGACAAGUCUGCCUGACAUACCACCAUUUUUCCACGGCGGAAGUGGCGUCGCUUCGAGCGGCCUGCCAACGCUGGGCGCAUGUGCCUCCCAGCUUGGAGCGCCUUCUCAAAGAGGGUCGUGGUGCAGAGGCAGAUGCAGAGAAGCCUUGUCCCGACCUCGAGACCUAG